AUGGAGUCAGAUCCUGGAUUCAUUGCUGCCCUCGAGGAGGCAAAGCAAGGUUACGCUGAAGGUGGAGUUCCUAUCGGCGCGGCAUUGGUCUCCAAAGAUGGCAAAAUCCUUGGCCGUGGACACAAUAUGCGCGUUCAGAAGGGGAGUGCGACAUUACAUGCCGAGAUGUCUGCUCUGGAGAACUCAGGCCGCCUUCCUGCUUCGGCCUAUGAAGGUGCUACCAUGUAUACAACCCUGUCUCCCUGUGAUAUGUGCACGGGUGCCUGCAUUCUCUAUAAAGUGAAGCGCGUGGUCAUUGGAGAGAACAAGAGUUUUAUGGGCGGGGAGGAAUAUCUUAAGAACCGUGGCAAGGAAUUGGUUGUCUUGGACAACGAAGAGUGCAAGCAGCUGAUGGAGAAAUUCAUGAGGGAGAAGCCGGAGCUCUGGUAA